ACUUCCUUGAGCGUAUUAGCUCUCUACCCAUCUCUAUUUUUUCACUUUCUCUCUCUCUUUCUUUGCCACUCACUCUUUACCUCUCUUUUACUGUGGUAGUGAGAAUAUUUACGUGAAAUGAAACCUGAAAUUCCUGUUAUAGCAUGAGGGGUGGAGACAGAGAGAGAGGAGAGGCACAAAUAGAGCAGACAGAGGAAAUCUCUCCAGUCUGGAUCACAGCAGGCACAUCAAGAUGCAGUGUCCUCGAGAACAGGAUGCUCUAAUCCCUCGGCCCCGUGGGGAUUUACCUAAACUCUGUGCUGCGGUUACAGCUGCCGUAACUAUAGGAGGCAUGUUUUUAUUCUCUCCUGAGAAGUUGCUUGGCUGGAUUGCCAUGGCAGUACUCAUGCUGACUGGUGGCCCUUUGCUACAUGGGCUCUGUCUGCUGGCAGAGGAGCUGAUAUAUCAUUCAAACACAAGAUAUCGAGGACAAGGGAUGCUAAGCCACAUGCUCCCUGCCUGUGGUUUGGGGGGCAAGACCCUGCUCACUGCUGGUGUGGCAAGCCUAAUGCUGUACCUGGCUGGACAUCAUCUACCACACAAAUGCAACAUCUGGGAACUCCUUGUCCUUGUGUUUGUCCUUUACCCACUGUUGAAAGUCUCUGGAGUCCUGGGUCCGUCGGCGGUGGAGGUGUCAGACAUCUGCGAGGGGAGGAAGAAGAACGUAGCCCACGGCCUUGCCUGGUCCUUCUACCUGGGAUACCUGCGACUGGUGCUGCCACAUUUGGAGCAGUCCAUCGCAGGGUUUUGUGCCACACACCAGUUAAACAACACCAGUUGGGGUCGUGGCUCCAGGAAGCUCCUCAUCCUCAUCCCUCUCAAUGCCAACAUUUCCCAUAAGCUGGAGGACGAGGAUGAAAACAUCCAAUUCUAUGACAACCUACCAAACAACGAGAUUGACAGGGCAGGAGUCCGGGGGCGGGUCUACAAGCACAGUGUGUACCGCAUAAUGGAUGAGAAUAGGAAGGUCCAUGAGUGUGUGGUGGAGUAUGCGACGCCUCUGCUGACGCUGUACAACAUGUCCCAGGAGAGCAGCGCUGGUUUUGGGGAGCCUGAGCGCAGACAGCAGGUUCUGCUCUUCUUCAGGACCCUGCAGGACAUCCUGGAGCAUUCGCUGGAGUGUCGCAACCGCUACAAGCUCAUCCUGCUCAAUGAUGAGCAGGAGGAUGACCCUCACUUCCUGUCCAAGGCCAUCCUCAGACACUUGGAGCAGCAGGAGAGAGAGGAGUUCUGUCUUACACCAAAUCCUCAGCAAGAGAGGGCACACCCAUUUGUGGGCAAUGCACAUUCUAAUAACGGUGAUGUGAUGAGCAGAGACCCCACGCUCAUGAUCAGCCUGGAGCAACCUCAGCCUCUGAGGGUACCCACGGAGGACACUUACUAAGUCAGCAGACAAAGAUGAAGACCAGCGCUAUGGAGGACCAGAAGGGCCACGUGCAUCAAAAUAAAGAAUUUUGUGCUUCAAUAAUAAAUUUGUCCAAAUAA